AUGAAGUCCAACCAGCAGGUUCGAGAAGGUUCGGCCUUGAAAAAGUAUGCCCGAGGGAGCCUGUACUUCACUGUGGACGAGGUGAAAAAACGCUAUAGGGAGGAUUGCCAACAUAUAUUUGAAUUGCAAAAUAGGGUACUGAGUUCUCGCGAAGUGAUCAGCACUGAUGAAGAGAGCGAAAUCGAUGAUUCUGACAUCGAACAGUUUCAGAAAGAACUUGAAGAACUUUUAGCCAGCGACAAAACGAUGCAUGAGCGGAAGGACAACGGGGAUCAUUUCAGCGAUGAAGCUGAAGAACUGGAAGAAUUGCGGAAAAUGGUGCAUGGUGAAACUAACUCAAUGCAGAAAGAAAUGCCUCCGAACAAGUCGCAUGGUUCGCACGAAGAUGGCGAAGACCUGAGGGGCAAAACCUUAAAAAUAUACAGAACAUACAGACGCGACGAUGGCACCGAGUACGAAUCUACAGAGUGCGUGACGAGUUUACCCGUAAUCCAAGCGUACCUGAAGAUUCGUAAGCAAAAGGACGAAACGUUCAUAAGAAAUUAUGCUCAGAUGGAUAAUCGUUUUCUCGUGGAACAACGAAGACAGGACAGGCGGGAUCGAGCACGGCUUCGCCGUCACAAUAAAAUGCAAUUUUCGCUGAAAUUGGGUCUUCCUAUUGAACGUUGCCACAAGAAAAAACAGUGGAAGCCAUCUUCACGAUAUGUUUCGAGACCUGAUUCACGUCCCGUUCACUGCAGCGCUUGCGGCGCACGAGGUCACAUAAUGGUUAAUAAGAACUGUCCUUUAUACAAGACGACUAAAAUGUUGCUGAAAGAGUCGGUCAGGGAGAAGCGAAAAUUUGCUUCGACGCCCAGAAAUCCUGUUUCUGCCGAGAGAAUGGAAGUACCAUUGCGCAAGCUUAAAAAGCCGGUAGUUCCGAUUCAUAAUCCCGUGAAGCUGAGUACUUUGAAGUCGAAAGCAAUGACGGGGGAUUCCGGUAGCAUGUCACAUCGAAAAUCAUUUCUGGACAAAGGGAAGGGUCAUAAGAACGGAUCAUAUCGCCAAGGCGCCAAUUCAAAGGCACUGAUAUCGAAGGUGUUUGAAGCGAUCCUUGAUAAAGUCAAGAAUAUGCCACAGGCGAAGAAUUUUCUGUCAUUCACAGGCAAAGAAAACAUGCCUGGUUGUUAUGAGAUCGUCAAAAAUCCGAUGGAUCUGCAGAAGAUUCACAUGAAUGUGAAAAAUAACCAUUACGUGACGAGAGAGGAGUUCUUGAAGGACGUGAAGCAGAUCUUGGACAAUUGUCGUCUGUACAGCGGUGAUCAAAGCUCCUUAACUUACGAUGCGAAGAAGGUCUUUGAGUUCACUUGCAGGCUGAUCACGGAAAAGGAGCACGAAAUCAUGUUGCUCGAAAAGGCGAUCAACCCGCUUCUAGACGAAAACGACCAGGUGGUGUUCAAUUUCAUUCUGGAACGCAUAGUCGACUCGUGCAAGAGCAUUCUGCGUUCCUUGGUCUUCCAUAAACCGUCCGAACUCACUGGAAAGACCUACUACGAUAAGGUAACGUGUCUGGCGGACUUAGAUACAAUGAAACAAAAGUGCAGACAACGGAAGUACUGUUCGAUUGACGAAUUCGUGAAGGACGCUGAAUGGAUCUGCAUCAACAGCCGAAACUUGCACGGUCCAUCGUCGCCGUUUACUCAGAAGUCGUCCGAGAUCGUCGCUAUGGCCAAGAAACUCGUAACUGAAGUUUUUGUUUUCAUCGAUUUCUGGGUGGCAUGCGUCAGACGUCUUCCCUUUUUCUCUAGGAUUUGCGUGUUCCUCUUGAUGUUGCUAAAAAUGUCCAAAAAGUGCGUGUGA